AUGUCGGACCUGCUCAACAAGCCGCGCGCAGAGCUGUCCGAAAAAGACCUGCAGGACCUGGAGGACUACGAGUUCAACAACGGACCGCUCCGGUUGCUCACCAACGCCAUCCACAACAACGCCACAGUGCUGAUCUCGCUGCGAAACAACCACAAGCUCUUGGCCAAGGUCAAGGCCUUCGACCGCCAUUGCAACAUGAUUCUCGAGAACGUCAAGGAGAUCUGGACCGAGACCAACCCUGACGAUAGAAACAAAAAGAUGAUGCGAGAACGGUUCGUGUCCAAGAUGUUUCUCAGAGGGGAUUCUGUGAUUGUCGUUCUUAAGCACACUUGA